AUUUCCUUCUGUGCGACUAGCUUUUUCCUUCAAGACCUUGUGUAAUUUUAAGCUUAAGCACGGAUGGGUAAGGAAAAGGUUCAUAUUAACAUUGUGGUUAUUGGCCAUGUCGACUUUGGGAAGUCAACUACUACCGAUCACUUGAUCUACAAGCUUGGAGGUAUUGACAAGCGUGUGAUUGAGAGAUUUGAGAAAGAAGCUGCUGAGAUGAACAAGCGUUCAUUCAAGUAUGCUUGGGUGCUUGACAAGCUCAAGGCUGAAAGGGAAAGAGGUAUCACUAUUGAUAUUUCCUUAUGGAAGUUUGAGACAACUAAGUACUACUGUACCGUCAUUGAUGCUCCUAGUCACAAGGAUUUUAUUAAGAACAUGAUUACUGGAACAUCACAAGCUGAUUGUGUUGUUCUCGUAAUUGAUUCCACUACUGGUGGUUUUGAGGCUGGUGAAGAACCAAAGAUUGCGGUAGCUAUAAUUGAUCUUUUUCACUUAUUUCCUCCCGCUGCUUCUAAGUUCCUCGAUGAACUUAUAACCAUGACAAUUGAUUUGGAAGGAGCUCUUCCUCCUUGA